AUGGUCAGCAUGGACUCGGGCAGGGGCGCCCUGAGCGUGGCCGAGAGCGAGGUGGAGCCAGCCGCCUGCCUGGCGCUGGAAAUGCGCUACGCACUGGACCCCAACCGGCAGAUCCGAAAGCGGAAUAAAGCGCUGCAGGUGCGCUUCAAGGACAUCUGCGAGGCGCAGAGCGAGCAGCAGGCCGCACCCCUGCCUGCCAGCCAGCAGGGCGAGCCUCGGCGUGAGGCAAAACCGCUGUCCCAGCGCGCAGCCUACCGCAAGUACAUGACGGUGCCCGCACGCCGCUCUAUCCCCAACGUCACCAGGAGCACCGGUGUGCAGACCUCGCCCGACCUCAGGAAAUGCUACCAGACCUUUCCCCUGGAACGUUCCAGCAAACGCGGGGCCCUCAAGGGUGUCCCGACAGCGGCUGAGGGCUUCUCUGGCGAGAACAACGGCUUCACCGUGGAGGCACGAGAGGGAACUGCGGAGGGGCCUGGGGCACAGGCCCGACCAUGGGGCGCAGGGCCCGUGUACACCACCACCGCCUUGGUGCUCCACGCCCAGGAUCACGGGAAUGCACUGGACACUGCUUCUGGGCUCAACUGCACUGAGGCCAGUGCCCAGCCCGACGGGCACAGCUGCCAGGACCCGGCUCUCCCCCACGCCAGCCAGUCCCCAACACACGGGCAGGGCGCGCAGGACAGGGCCACCCCCACGCCGGACAGGGACACCCCAGGCCCGGGUCCCAGCCGAGUCUUUAAAACAGAGGUGGCUUCCGUCUACGCCAAGGCCCCAGAAUCCACCCUGGCCAACUCGGCGGCAGCCAGUGAGUGGUCCCUGUGCCCAGUGGGCAAUGAGGAACAGAGAAGGGACACGCACGUCAAUGGGCUCCAGCCCCCUGGAGGCCUGGCCGCGGCCUGCUCGCCGCCCCAGCGGUGCCUGUCCCCGGAAUGUGGCGAGCAACCCCGUCAGCCUGGAGACCGGUCGCCGACGGGCGUCGAGCUCCAGCAGAUCGUGCCUCAGACAGAGGUGGUGGGGCUGAAGGCGCAGCUGCAGGUGAUGGAGAAUCUCAUCUGCUCCAGCCAGGAGACCAUCAAGGUGCUCCUGGGCGUCAUCCAGGAGCUGGAGAAAGGGGAGGCCCACCGGGAAGGGCUUUCCUACCGGACGGGGCAAGACACGGCCAACUGCGACACGUGCAGGAACAGCGCCUGCGUCAUCUACAGCGUGGAACUAGAUUUCAAGCAGCAAGAAGACAAACUGCAGCCAGUUCUUCGAAAACUUCACCCCUUUGAGGAAACUCAGGUCGUACCUUUGCCUUAUUCUCCAGACACUUACUCGGCAACGCCCAAGCAAAAAUCCAAAACGGAAUCUAAAAAGCACGGGAGAUGGAAACUCUGGUUCCUUUAAUUAAAGCUCUUGGGAGUUGUGGGGCCUCGAGGCGGCCGUGAGCCCCCCCCCCAGUUGCCCCUGGAGCAAGGGCAAGUCUUCUCCACAAAAGCAGGAUGGGGUGGACCCUGUGGCCAGUUCUCCCGAGUACCACAGUAGGCCUUCGGACUAUCAGAGCGGGGACCAGAAGCUGUUCCAUGCAGUCCACGUGCCCUGGGCAAAGGGACAGCCAACAUCUGAGAUGCUAAAGCAACAUUUGAGCCCCUGUGGGCAUCGCCAACCUGCUGAAAAGCAGGAAGCAGGUUGUGGCUGGACGUGGCAGAAACUCCUUCUUUUCAAGCCUUGAUCUUUUUUUUUUUUUUUUGUAACUACCAAGAAGAAAAAGCAAGCCUUAUGUUUGCAAGGGACUUCAUUUCUACGUUUCAGUUUGCAAACGAGCAGGGCGGGUGGGGGCGGGGGGCGUGAGUGCAGUUUUCAGCACAUCCGAUUCCGGAGAAAGCACAAUAUUUUUUUCCAGUGGCCGGAGACCAUGACCAUCCUGUACAACGUGACUGCGUAUUCUUGUCUUCAUUGUGCCGUAGCGCCCGUCAGUCUCAGAUCCCAUCACCCAUCCCAGCUCCUGUCCUGCAAUGAGUUUACUUGUUCCCUUCCCAGAUGGCCAGUGGCCGGCCAUCCCCCGAGUCGGGACAGUUAGCAGACAGGCAGCGUCCUUAGAUCUCAUUGUUGAUUUUGAUUUUGAUUUGGGGGGCCACACCUGAUAGUGCUUAGGGGUUAUUCCUGACUCUGUGCUCAGGAAUCACUCCUGGCAGGCUCAGAUUGACCAUCUGGAAUGCUGGAGAUUGAACCUGGGCUGGCCAUGUGCAAUGGUUGCCCAGAUCUCAUUUUUAUUUUGAUCUCCACAUACCCUGAGGCUAAAUGGUCAAUCUGGGUAGGAAUUAGGGAACAUACACAGACUUGCCAUCACAAUCAUCAAGUCCGGAUGUCCUGCCAUGGGCAAGCGAUGCCAUGGGCCAGUCCCCAAUCACCAUCCCACCCAGGCCACCCUUUAUCCCAGGCACUCGGCCUACGAAUGCCAGGCCACUGGCCCAUCACAAAGAGCCACCACGUGGUUCAUUUAGCUGCUACCGACAAACUUAAUGUUACUCCAUGUGACAUGUCAGUGAACUACAUAUCAUCUACCUAGGGGAAAGCUGUGAAUCCGACAUUUUUAGGUAUUUUUUUGGAAAACAACAGUGACAUUAGAAUUCUCUUUUUUGAUUACACAUUGCAAUAUGAAUCUGAGUUCCUUUAUUUUUUCACUCAUUCUUUGGCCAGGCUCUUUUUUAUAGAAAUCAAUGGCACCUCAUUCACAGAUAGGACUUUGCCCAUCUCUCCUUUGCUCUUGCAACCAGAAGGAGGGGUCUUCACUGCCUUGUUGGGUACAACCUGAAUGGCAAAGUGUGUGUGAACACAGAAUUCAACCUGGAUCUUCAAGCUUCUGUGUCCUGUCCCAUCCCAUCCACCCACCCUCCUGAUCCUGCACCCAACCAGACGCCUGAUCAGAUCCCAGAAACAAGGAAUUUAAGCUGGCAGGAAGGUGUCAACCUGCCCUUUUCAGACCCCAGCUACUCCCUGAUCCCCAUUUCUCCUGCCUUCAGAGCAAAUGAAUCUAUUUUAAUUCCAAGUGUUUGGAUUCUACAAGGACCUAAUGAUUAUCGAUCACAGAUGUGGACUUCAAAACACAAAACGAGAAUAAAAGAAGGGGCUAAGAUUUUAGAGAGGAGGAACUGAGCUGGGGUGGAGGCAUUUGGUUUCCCAGAAAGAAGCACCCACCACUUUGAAGGGUACUUGAGCCCCGUCCUCAAAGACCCACGGAAAGAAAUGAGAAGAACUGGGCACAUGUGUUAGCAGGUUACCUCAGACAGGACCGCAAAGCAAACAUGUCAUGGAGACUUGGGAUUCAAACACCGGUUUCAUGUCUUUUAUACAGUUAUUAACUGAAGUCAGAAAACAUUCACUGCUAUCAGCAAUCCCUGUGGUCUGAGAACCCCAACUAUGAGUGGAACUAAGGGGUCUUAGUAGCUUCCGGACUUUAGUAUCUCAAUCUGUCUCAAGCAAAAGAUAUCCUAGUAUUUGAAGUCACCCACUGUUUGAAAGCAGUUGAGACCAAAAACAAACAAAAAAAAAAAAAAAUGAAGAAGAAAUGAAAAUGUCCACGUCAAUCGGAAAAAAAAAAACACUCGACACAGAAACUAACCUGUCUGAUAAGCAACCCUUCCAUGUAGGGACGACUGUUUCCAGCACCAUUUUUCAUGGAUUCAUCACCAUAGGAACCUCUCCAGUCCCCCCCUGCUAAGUCGUCCCUUAGAAAGAUUAUCCCAACUUUGCUACAAAGCUGAGAUGGAAAGUCCCGUGUCCCUCUCCAUGUAGAUCAGACAUGGCAUUACGUAGAGAUGAAAUUAUUAUCCUUGUCACAACGUUCUUUGUUAAUUUUUAAAUAAAAAUUCAAGGUCA